AUGACAAGUACAAAUGUCACUCCAGACAUGCGCGUGGCUCACGUGAGCUUUAUGCCUGGUGCAUCACAUCUAAAGCUUCAGUUAUGUCUUCAUGAUGAUCUCAAGACAUUUCAUCGCUCAAUAAGCGAAAAAUUAGACCGUAUACGGUACCGUCUUCAGCUGCUGGCGUCCAAUAGAUCAAUCGGAAAGAAGAAGCGCAAGAACAGAGUAAAGGACGGCGUAGCACCGACAGUUUCUGUCAAAUUUUAUGACGUUGAAGGACAAGAAAUUAAUGAAAAUUCUUUGACAGUUGGUGACGCGUUAAUGCGCACCAAGAACCUCAAGAUUGGAGACGAGACUUUUGUGGUCCUGCACAACCAGCCACUCGUCACGGGUCUCAAGAUACUGGACCCAGUGAUGGCUGGAAUUGCAGUGAAUCCUUUGCCUGAGACAGAGUUUUGCAAUGCCAAUGAGUGCUCGUGGCAGUGGUUUCGUCUGGACAAAGACGAAAUAAAAAAUGAAGAGACGUUAAAGACGUUGGUGACAACUGAAAGGAGAUACAUACCGACGAAUAUUGACAUUGGAUGCAGAUUCUAUGUGAAGUGUCAUGCGCCAAUAAUACAGUCGGAGUUUGCACAUGAUAUUCAUAUUAAAGUGAUGACGAUGCCGGUGCAGCCUGGACCGAAUCGAGAUGUGUUUAAGGAACGAAAAUGGAGGGGUGCAACUACUGCCGUUGAACAAUAUCCUGAUGCAGUGGAUACAUUUCGAGUAAUGAGCUACAAUGUGUUGUACGAUGGCUACGCAACUACGGAACAUGCACAAAAAUAUCUGUUUCCGUAUGUAGAUGCUAGUGCUAUGAAAGAAACGCGUCGGAUUCAACUUAUUCUUCAAGAGAUCGAAGAAAACAAUAGCGAUAUUGUCUGUUUACAGGAAAUGGGAGAGCACGUGUAUACAAAAUAUUUUGAGCCAGUGCUGACUUUAAUCGGUUACCGCGGUUUUUAUUCAGGCAAAUCGGGCACAACAAACGAAGGCUGCGCAACGUUUGUUAGGUUGGACCGCUUCAACGUGACCAAAGAAGUGACUGUGAAUCUUGGCACAGCAGUCAACAACUCGACGAAUCCAGCCUCACAAAACCUUAUGCAUGCUUUUCCAGAAAUUGCAAAGGGUAUUAACCAAGCUCCGUCGAUUGCUCAGAUUUUUGUCUUGCGUUCUAAGAUAGGCUUUGCACGGACUAUCAUUUUGUCAAAUACGCAUCUAUUUUACCGAGGAGAUGCGCACUUGAUUCGAUUGUUGCAAGGUGCUGCGGUUGUAGAGUGCAUAAGCCAACAAAAAGCUGCAUCUGGAUUUGAAAAUGCUGCUGUCGUCAUGUGUGGAGACUGGAACGCGUGCCCUGAAGCAGCAUUGACUUCGUUUCUCUUAGAUGGUCAUGUUGAUUCGAGUCACAAUCACUGGCAGCAAGCUCCGUCGUUUCAUUGGAAUGUGUCUCGGAUCGACGAAAAUAACGUGCGUCGGCGCAUACAGAAUUCUACUCCGAUCCAUUUGGAUCGAUUUGAGCACGAUCUCCAGCUAGUAAGUGCAUGUGGUAUUCCAGCAUUCACGAAUUAUGUGACGACAUUUGUGGACACCCUGGAUUAUAUUUUAGUUGGGUCAAAAGUGUUACAAGUUCGUGGCGUGUUUCCAUUCUUUACCGAGGACGAAGUAACUCACGAGGUUGCGCUACCGUCGUCUACCUUUCCGUCGGACCAUGUUUCUCUUGUUUGCGAUUUGUCAUGGUGA